CCCCUCCCGUUGCAGCACUGCAUACCCGCGGAAGUUGGUUUGUGGAGUGUGGACGGGAUGUUGUUAAUUUACGUGAAAUAGUGUGAAACACGUCGACAUUUUGCUGUAGUUUUUCAGGACGUUUUCAUACUCCGUUGCAGAAACAGGAGAACGUCUGUUGGAGCAAGAUGUUGGAGUGUGGCAUGCUGGAGCGGGACAGACAGACUCUUCGGAGACGCUCCGCUGUCCUCUGCAAACAGCUGGUGGUGGAUGAGUUGCUCAUUCAGUCGUUGCAGGCGGACGACAUACUAACCGAGAGCAUGGCAGAGAGCAUCAUGGCUGAGCAAACAUCUCAGAAACGAAGCUGGCGUUUGCUACUGCUCUUACCAAAGCGAGGUCCCAGGGCCUUUAGCAGCUUCUGCCAAGCUCUGCGAGAAACUGAGCAGCAACAUCUGUGUGACCUGCUCACACAAUCACCAGAAAAAGAUGGCAAAGAGACACACAUAGAGAGGUAUACGGACUCCUCUCUCCCACAUCCCACGCAGGAGGGUGUUGCAGCCAAGAGAGCAAGGACACAUGAGUCCAUGGAGUUUAGCCUGGAUGCAGAUAGUCCCAUCAACACUCCUGUUCUCCCGUGCACUCCUGAAUUUUACCAUUCCCACUGCCAGCAGUCUUACAGAAUGAAUUCAUCCCCCCGUGGCUUUGCCUUGGUGAUCAGUAACGUGACCUUUGACCCUUGUGCUGCCGCAGACCUUGACCCCAGGAAGGGAGGUGAAGUCGAUGAUGAGGUCCUCAGGAAGGUCUUCACAGAGCUGGACUAUGUGGUUACUGUCCACAGAGACCUCACUGCUCAGGGCAUGAGGUCGUGCAUUGAGAAUUUUUGCCGACGGCCAGAACACCGGACAGCAGACAGCUGUGCGGUGUGUCUGCUCUCCCAUGGAGUGGAAGGAGCUGUGUAUGGCACAGACGGACAGCUCCUGCAGCUGGACUGGGUGUUUGAGGCCUUUGACAAUGCGCACUGUCCACUGCUACAAAAUAAACCGAAGAUGUUUUUCAUCCAGGCCUGCAGAGGAGAUGAGAUGGACUGUGGCGUGGAGCAGAUAGAUGGACCAGCGAGGACCUGCUCACCGAGCUGUGAACAGCGAGAUGCUGGGAGGGAAGGGCAGGGGGAUGCAGACUCCAGACAGAGAGGGGACAUGGGGAGGCCCAGGAUUAAACUGCCCCAGCGAUCGGACAUGAUCUGUGGCUAUGCAUCUCUCAAAGGUCAGAGAAUUUGCACAGCAGCCAUGCGAAACACCAAGAGAGGAUCCUGGUUUAUCCAGGAACUUAACACAGCACUCCGUCUCCAUGCCAGAGACACACACCUCGCAGACAUCCUGGUGCAGGUCAAUGGGCGAAUCAAGGAGCGAGAGGGUUACGCCCCAGGCACUGCUCACCACCGCUGCAAAGAGAUGUCAGAGUUCACCAGCUCAUUGUGCAAAGACCUCUACCUGUUCCCCAAGUACCAGCCCCAGUAUUGAUAUAUGCAAAUAUGAACAUACAGGGAUGAACACACACAGACCAUUCCUUGCCUCUCACUAAGGCCACACAACUGUUCAUUCCAUGCCAAUUACUGCCACACACUCACACAUUCCCCUGUUACAACAUCACAUCCAAACAGAGGAUUUAUUCAUUCAUAUUUUCUUUUUGAAUACUGCCUCCACACACACACACACACACACACAGAUAGAUCUUGGAAAGGAAUGAGGAGCACACUUAUGUUAAUCAGCAUAUACUCAUAAAUGAGCAACAUAUUAGCAUACAUCUUUCUCAUUUAUCUGUGUGUCUGUCUAUGCCAGUUAGAGGGUUUAGAUUUUAAUCGUUUUUAGUCAAAGACAGAUUUAUUUUUUGUUUUCUCACUGCACAGCUACUUUCAGGUUACACAAGUCGCUCUUUUUAAACUGUAUUUUAUACACAGAUCUAUUUUUGUGGCUUUAUUUUGUAUGAAAUUGUUUUUAUAAGGAUUUUUAAUCCCAUUUUCUUUUAUUUGUACAUAAUGUUUGUUAAAAGUUUCUUGUUUUUAGUAUAGUGACAGGCAGGGGGCAGCACAGCAGAGAAAAAUGCAUUUCAUCUCUCUCAUCAAUAUUAUUUAUGUCUCCUGCAGUUCAAAUUGAUCUUUACUGUUAUGAUCUCAGACAGCUUUCAUUAUAGAGAGAGUCCGCUACAGCGAUGAUUCAACAGUUAAGUCACAGCUGCAGAUUUUUAACUGCUCUCAUCAGUCGUUCCCAUUUUUGUGGUCAUAUAUUUUGCCUUAUGAAGAGGAAAACACCUACAAGGCAGCUUCAAAACAAAAUCAUGAAGUGUUUAAGACUUUUUCUGCUUUUGCUCUUGGAUGUUCAAUCAGCAAAAAAUCAGCCAUUUAACCUCAAAUUUCAUGAAGACACCCACUGAAAACCUGCGAACUCCUCCUCAUAUUAGCUGUGUUACUGUAGAUCUGUCUCUGUCGGGGUGGUGGGCUGCCAGGGGAAUGUGGUGCUACUUGUGGGGGUCAUACACCUACUGUAUGAACUCUGACCUUUAUGCUAACUCUGACUCCGAGUGGCUGUGGGAGUGCUGCAGACUUUGACUCCCUUAUUGUAUUAUGGUGUAAUUUUACUUUAUCUGAUACAGUACAGUACAGGACAAAACAUGUAUUACCUUGUCUUCCAUAAAGAAUUUGCAGUUUUCUACAGCCGCCUGUGCCAUGUGAGGAUUAUCUAUCAGACAAAUUUAUGACCAUGGUGGUGCUUUCACAGUAUAUUGUAUCACUUUGGCCCCCACCCCACCCCCCUCACACACACUGAGGAAAUCUAUUUCUCAAGGCUGUAUGAGCAUUGAUGUUUCCCAGAAAAGGCCUUACCGGGCAAACUGUGUGUAGUUACAGCAGUGUUGUAGUGAAGAAAAUGGAAUAUGUGGUCGAAACAGUAUUGAUCGUUAACCAUCUGUAAACAAAGACACCUUUAAACUGUGUGUGAGGUGCUCUUGAUAAGAGUUUACCCUGGUCUGGAACUUGCUCACUCCCCUUAUGUUCUGGUUUUUAUUAUUUAAAAGUAUAAAAGGGUCACUCUUGCAGAGUGAGAAGUUUUGAAGGUUUAUAUUUGCUGCCAAGUUCUGCUAAGGUGCAGUGUGGGGGGACCGAGGGAAAUUUAUAUUUCUGUCAACACCAGUGACUGCCAAAUGUUCUAUACAAUAAACAGGCCGUGGUUUUUAAA